GAGAUUUAUCAAGCCCCAGAGAUAGAGAAAGUGUGCAUUACUUCUAUAUAAUGAUAAUCCUUGUUCAUCAACUAAAAUGUAGUGUGUUGUCCGCCACUUGCUUCCGGAUACAAUGAUGACAUUCGUCUAUCCUUAUACAAUAUUCCCCACCACGGUCUCGGCUUACUAGUACCACAAGGACGUGUGCCUUGUAUUGCCUUUGGGGGGCUGGCAAGUCAAGAAGACAAAGUACUCGUAAACAGCCAAAAUAUAGAGCUUUGCCAAGAAACAUCAUCUUACAACACGAAGAUAUGAAGACGAUUCUUCGGGAUAUCAUCUUCGUAUUGUUGGGGUGGAGCCCUUCCUCACAAAAAGCCGAAUAGCAAAGAGCCCACUACUGUAUCGCCACAACUCAACAGCUUGUCUCUUCCUUGUCCUUCGGCAACACCGGCAUUUCCACGCCACGCAGCACCGAGGAACUUUCAUUGGAUGCCUCACGAGUGUAGUCGGAAGAGUAACACGUGGACACGGAAUCCUCAUCGUCCGCGGCGUCGCCAUCGCUGUCGUGGCUUGAUCGCAUACCGGAAGACGACAACGUCGAUACCAAAAGCAGGGAAAGGUCCGUAGUAGCGUUCAAUUUGUCCUGCUGCUCUUCCUCUUCGUCGCUGGAAGUUGUCGAGCUGGUGGCUGCAGACAACUCAUGCUCGCUGUCCUGCUGGGAACUUGAGUCCGCGCCUAACGACGAGGUGGAAGACGAGUCUAUCGAAUGCUCAUAGCCACUGUUUCCCAUGUGUUCACUGUUGUCGCUCCGGGCAAAACUCUCGUCCACUGGCUUGUCUUGUUCUGUAGACUCUUCUACUGAGACCAAUGCUGCCUUGUCCUCCAUGUCCGACAAGAUGGUGGUUGAAAGGGGCAAUGAUGGGUCCUGGAGAUCUUCAUUGCUGCUAAGAACUUCAAUACCUUCUUCGUGUCGUUCAAAAAUGUCUUCCACGAAGCGACAGCCCUCCAGGCCUGAUGUGUUGACUUCUGUCAAAGACGCCACUGCGUCUGUUUCCAUUCCCACCGGGAAAAGAUCAAUGUGAUGGCGCAGCAGGUCGGACGAAUCCACACAGUAAAGACAUUCAGGUGGGAUCGAAUCCACCGUACGGUUGAGCGGUUCGUCCGUGUCAUCACCGUCCCAUUCCUCGUGGCUCCCUUCAUCGUCGCCUUCUUCAAUUCGUUCCAGUUUGCUAGUAGUUCUCGAGAGAUUGCUGAGAAUCGAGCCACUCUCUGAGGUAAUGUCGGAAAUGCUCCAUGUCAUGGAAACAUUCUCAUAUCCUCCUGCAAGAAUUUCACCGACUUUGUUGGCAACCGAAGAAGAUCCUCCGCUCUCGGGUUCUUCGUCGAGUUCGUAGUACUUUGGAGGGGCACUACCAAGGAGGAAUGUCGCAUUCUUGUCGCCCUGGGCCUUGGGCUGCUUGGCAGUUCUUAAAUGACGUCCCCGGUUCCUCCAGAUCCAACCAGCCAUGAACACACAAGCCAAGGCCAGCAAAGUCAUGACUGUCACAAUAAUGGGAACUUUGGAGAUGGACCUUCCUCCGGCAGGGGACUUUUUCUUGUCUCCGGCUGGACCGCUGGUAACGAUGCGCCCAAAGUCGACCCUAUUGAAGGAUGUCGGGACAAAUUGUUUAAGGAAGUUUGGUUCAUAAAAGACACCUUCAAUGGCAUCAAAGGCGAGUUGUUCCACGUCUGCAUCAAUAUCUGUACUAUCGGAGCGAAUUGCCGUGAUACCGCGAACGACUUGGCAAGUGCUUCCUGGAUUCCUGGGUUCACAAUAGCCUGCACACAGAACAAGGGAACAAGGGUUGAGGACACGAAAGAAACUUGAAAGGUUGCAUCCUCCUUUCAAUUAACUGUGAUUUGCUGGAGACUGCUCAACUCGACUCACCACUUUCCAAGACCUCAUGCCACGAUGCCAACUCCACCGCAUAAAGUGGACGCCUGUCGACAUCGCAUCCAUCCAAGACAGCCGCCAAUCCAUACGCAAUGGCAUUUCCAAUUCCAAUCAAUGUUGGACCCAGCGGGUCUGCGUCCGGUACUAUGCUAUUGUGGUUAUACUCGACGAGAUAGUCAUAGCUGAUUUCAAGACGGCCAGAGUAAGGUCCCACUCGUGGCAUUGCACAGUUGGUGGUAGUGACGGUCAACGCCAGAGCCCUCGAGGCGCUGGCUGCUCCACGUAGUAGUCUCAUGGGAUCAGUGUGUUGUUGUGUGCGGCCGCAAGAGGAGGAUAGGGAGAGGAGGGUGAGAUGAUUCUUGUUGCUUUGAGGAACUGAUGAUAGCAAGGCAAACAGUACUGUAAUGGGACUGCCACCACACAGUCCCUUUAUAGUGACGAGAAGACAUGAGGCCGCCCUCCCUCACUACUACGCCUGCGAUGGCAAGCAAUGAUCUAACUCGGCGGAUUUGAAUGAGUUCAAACUAGAUUUGGUGUUUUCUUGCAAAGGAAAUGUCCCUUGAGUGCUGACGAAAUGCGUGAUCCUUGGUUUCGCCAAGGCACAUGGCAUGCUCUUCAGAUGUGGCAGUCAAUACACAUGAUAGACCAUCCGGCGACCUGCGAGUCUUAAAGUACGAGCUCCCGCAAAACACGCUGGUUUGCACUACUAGAACGGACAUCUCAUCAUGUGCUUCUUUCCGGAAGAGGUGCUCAUGAUUUGUUUACUGUACGAUGGCGGUGCGGCUGAUUGAAAACGUGAGUUAUGAAAGGUUUGUCUAUCUACUAGGUAUCAUUAUGCUGAUUGAUUGAACGCCGCACUUUGCAGGGCUGUUUCGAUGUACCUGUUUCUCGCCUCGACAACACAAAGUACCUGUAUCCAUUGCCACACUCCGAUUGGAUUUCUCGUUCAAGGCCUCUCAGUCAGCCAAAAUGAUGGAAAGGAGCCUCUAUCAUUAUCAUCCAAGACAAAAACACUGUACACUUCAAAAACCUCGUCACCUUCGAAUAGGCUUCGGCUUGACUCUUUUGUUUGUGUUUGCUAAUGAGCGACAAACCAAUGGUCCCAUGCUCUCAGAUUUCUUCUAUUCCGGCCUCCGCCAUUGGGUCGGAAUGCCGCGAAGCCUCCUACAUCAUCAAUGUCAUUGGUGUUUGCGGUGUUCCCAAACGAGUUGGCAAUCAUGGCAUUGUCGCUCGUGGGGUUUUUGUUUUCUGGUUCUGUUUCUGGCAAAAUGUCCAUGUCUUCCUCUCUUGCCAAUCCACUACAAAAUUCUUCCCCAAAAUAAUCAGUGCACAAAUAGGCUCGAAAGUAGUUGUAGAGCCACAUGGUUGUGGCAUUGUAAUUCACGAGAAAGUUCAAAGACUCGGCGCCCUGUGGCAGGGAUGCCAACACCAACAAGAGGUAUAAGGAGACGAUUCGAAGGGAUCCAAAGAGCUUCAUGGUAAUAAAUUGAUUUGAAGGAUGAUAGUUUUGGCUAAAGCUGAAGCACUACGGUAUGUAUGAUAAUAAGUUGUUGUGUUGAGACGAGAAAACUACCUCCUGAGUGUGGUGACUCGACUCGGCUCGGAAGGCCGGAAGGGAGAUCAGCGAUUUUGUGAGCAGAGAAAGGUCAACCGUUUCUUUGGGACAUGCUAGAGUCAUCCGCGACUACAUGUGUUGCUCUAAAUCGUGUUAAAGACCGGUGGUGCCACAUCAAGGACAGCGCCUGCGUUCUGGGGUUCGGUACCCGUACCGCGGCAACAGCAACAUAGAAGGAUCUUUUUGCUGCGUCCAAAGGAUUAAUCGAAGCGAUCCAUGUUGCUCCCUUUCCUCAGUUCCUCUAUGCGCUUCUUUCCUUCAAGCAAGGUCAGUACAGAGCAGAUUACACCCACCUACUUAGCAGCUAUUAGUAGCGAGAUUGAUCAUCGAGGCACUCGGUAAGACGACGACCAUCCGUACGACUGGACUCACUCCAUCGCUCUGAUACCAUACUCCCCAAGAAUCUGCAAGUGUAAAAGAUUGACAUAAGAAAAUAGCAUAGCCGUCCACUCAGGAAGAAAACGAAAACACCAUGGCGUACCAGGAGUUGAAUUGGGACUACAGUACCGAGCUCUAUGGCAGAGAAUCCCAGCUGAAGACGUUGGAUGGCUGCUACCGUCGCUGUGUCAGCCGAACAAGCCAGGAAAAGUCGUCCGAGUUUGUCAUUAUCACGGGACGAAGCGGCACGGGAAAGAGCACACUGGCCGAAUCGCUGCAGAAACGAGUCCAAGACGAUUGGGGUAUUUUCAUCUCUGGGAAAUUUGACGAAUCCAGUGUCCAAAAACCCCAUGCUCCAUUCAUUACAGCCGUAGAAGAAUUGAUCCGACAAGUGCAGUUACGAGGAGAAGAAAUGAUGAGGGAUAUCAAGGAAGAUAUUCAUCAGGCGCUGGGAUCCGAAGUUACCGUCUUGAUUGAUGUCAUUCCAAAUUUGUCACUCCUCGCGGAUGGAGACUGGACAGAGACUUCCGAGGAAGCUUCUUUGGUAUCUUCGAAUGAAUCAUCUGAUUUCAAGGUAACGAUGGAUCAGCACAAUCAAGCCACUCGGUUUGUCUCGGCAUUCUGCCGUUUGCUAAGGGCAAUCGCUCGAGUCAACCGGCCACUGGUGAUCUUGAUAGAUGAUGUCCAAUGGUCGGAUGUUUCCUCCUUGGAUAUCUUGGAGCCUUUGCUGACCACUCCCACGGACAGUCCAUGUGAGGGUGGGCUGCUCGUGGUGGGAACCUGUCGAGAUGAUGAAGCUGCAGAUAACCCAGACCUGUCGGCUACGUUGAGGCAAAUAGAAGACAAGGGGACAAUCAUUCGCCAGAUCCAAGUGGAGAACCUUACUCUGGACACCUUGUCCAGCAUGAUUGCCAAUACCUUGGACUUGACCGUCCAAGAAUGCCAACCGCUGACAGAAAUUGUGCAUACGCAUACGGCUGGCAAUGCCUUCUUUGCCAAGCAAUUCAUUAGGAGCCUGGUAGAGGACAGAGUACUCCAAAAGGAUACAACUACUCAAAAGUGGAAAUGGGACGACAGGGCGUUGCUAAUGGCGUUGCCGUCAGCUUCGACCAGAUCCGUUGGAAAAGCAGAUGUGGACACAAGUCGGGGAAUCCUCAAACUACUCGCGAAGAAAUUACAGCAGUUGCCUGGGGAGGUGGUAGAGACGUUGAAGGUUGCCUCGUGUAUGGGAAACAGGUUCUCGGAAGCUCUCUUGGUUAGAACGGGGAUGAUUGUGUCGUCUCAAGUGGUGCCCUCCUUGGAAGUGGCCAUGGACGCUGGCUUUAUUGAAUACGAUUUCAACGACGACAUUGGACGAUGGAAACACGACAAUUUCAGGAGCGCGGCCUCUUCACUUAUCCCAAAGGAUCAAAAGGCAAGUUUCCAUCUUGCAAUCGGGCGCAACUGGAGGCGAAGGUUAUCCACAGCAGACGUCAAAAAGCACGUCAUUCUGAUUGUGAACCAGCUCAAGUUUGGUGUCAAGUUGGUCACUGAUGCCGAAGAAAAAGACGAUUUUGCCCGUUUGUUCCUAAAGGCAGCCAAAGAGGCAGCCAAGAAAGCUGCCUAUGUUCCAGCCCUAGAGUAUGUCAAUGUAGCAAUUGAUCUGUUGGAGGUUCGCCAUUGGAGGGACCAGUACGAGCUCAGCUUGGAUUUGAAGAGUACGGCAACUGAACUAGCUUGCUGCCUGGGAAAACACGAGCUAGUUGAGGAACUAGCAAACGACGUAGAAUCAAGUGCAUGGACGACGCAGGACAAACUUCGUGUCGUCAUGACGGUAAUGGUUUCUCGCGGUUCCAGGGGUGAUUGCGGCGGUGGUGUCAAGAAGGGUAUCGAAACGCUUAAACUACUCAACGAGCAGUUUUCCCUCCGAGGGGGGAAGCUGCGAACAGUUUUGGAGUUUUUACAUUUUAAGAGAUUGAUGGCCAGAACGAAAGAAGAGGACAUACUGAACCUACCUGAGAUGAUUGAUCGACGUGUCCUCUCGUGCCUGCAGAUCCUCUUCUUGAUUUUCGGCUUUUUGCAGCAAUCGAACAAAGACGUGGCCCCACUCGCAGCAUUCCGUAUGAUUCGACUGACACUCAAGCACGGGCUGAGUCCAUUAGCUGUGGUCGGCUUUUCUGCCAUGGCGGUAGGUUUCAUUCGAUUUGGCAAUAUUGACGACGGUUAUCGGUUUGGACAGAUGACGAGUGAACUAUUGAAGAAGUAUCCAGCGAAGCAGAUACAAACAAAGAUGCAAUUCAUGUUUUGGUACCAGACCCAACCAACGAAAGUACCGCUGAAGCGCUCGUUUGAAGCUUUGGAGAAGAAUUAUCGCUUUGGAAUGAGGCAUGGAGAUCAUGAGAUUGCUCUGCUAUCGGGAAGUGUGAACGGCCACUUUCAGUUUUUGCAUGGAUGCCCCAUUGCUGAGCUUGUUCCAACCUGUACCCGCUAUAGGAGGCGGGCAGUUCAAGCAAACCAACUAAAAGUCAAAUUCGGAAUGGAUCUUGUCUUGCAGGCUAUUGAUAACUUGCAAGGGAAAUCUGACGACCCGCUUGUUUUGACUGGAGAAUUCAUGGACGAACAGGAAAUGGAAGCGAAGCUGAAAUCGCUCCAUCUCUCAGCUUUUCACGACUGUCUUGUUCAACUCAAACUCACCACAGCUGUGUAUCUGUUGAGCCACAAAGAGGCAUGGGCUUUGAUUGAACAGAACAUGGGACCCUUUCGGGGUACUUUGUCGCCGGUUUUCCAGUACUACUGUCACCUGUAUGUUGCCAUCGUGGCCACUGCACUCGCCAGGGAGUCCAGUGGAUGGGCCAGACGGCGCUUUCUGAAAGAAGCAAAGCGGCGAUACAAGUGUCUACAAAAAUGGAUGCUUCAUUGUCCUGAGAAUGUCAGCAAUAAACUAUACCUGGUUGAUGCAGAGCUAGAAUUCUGCCGUGGGUACCACACGUCAGCUCUACUCAAGUACAACAAGUCCAUUGAGUAUGCCGAAAAAGAACGCUUCAUCGCUGAGGCAGCUGUUGCUUGUGAAAGAGCGGGACUAAUGUUGCAGAGCGCAUCGAGGGCCUCUGAGGCGACGGAUUAUUUCAGGCGUUCUCGAGACCAUUGGCACCACUAUGGUGUCAAAGUGAAAGUUGAUGCUCUGGAUUUGCUUCUCACACAGCAGGGGCAAAAGCGGGCUCAAUUGCAUGUGGAACAGCCCCGAGAAACACCUGAGAUGGGACAAUGAAUAAGCUACAGUGGAUUGAAAAUAAAGAAUCUUCGAUCGCGUACCAUAUGUUGUUGUUGUUACUGUCCGCU